UUUCUCUCCCCUGGUUAAAACCUUUCCCCUUCCCUCCUCCAUCGAUCCAAAAUCCUCCCGAAUCCCCUCAAAUCCAAAACCUCUCUCUCUCUCUCUCUCUCUCUCUCUCUCUCCAUCAUGCUCGGGACCACGCCACACCACCUGUGAGCCCUCUUCGCCCACUCCAAAACGACACCUUUCUCGCCCCUUCUCCUUCUCUAUCUAUGCCGCUCGGUCUCACUCUCUUCUGUCUCGCUCCGUCGACAUUUGCCUCUCUUGGAACCGGCCCAACUCGGGAUUUUGAUGCCUCAUCCUGCCCCAAAUCGAAAAUUUUGAUCUUGGAUUUGUUUGGUUUUCGUUUCUGAAUCACUAGAAGCGGGUAAUUUGGGGGUUUUUUUGAGUUGGGUUUUGUUUUUUUUUGCGGAGUUUAGUAUCUGGGUGGUGAAGUUGUUGCGUUGGAGUACAGUUUUCGAGCUCAAUUUUGGGGAAAUUUUAGCCUUUUUUUUGAGAUGGCGUCGAAUUUGUGAUGUGGCUUUUAUUUUUCAUCAGAAUUUUGUAUCGGAUUGUGAAGUUAUAGUGCUGUGGUACUGUUGUUGAGCUCACUUUGGGGAAAAUUUGGCCCCUCUUUUAAUUCAGGAUAUAAAUCUGGGGUUUUUGAUGCUUGUGUGGUGUUGGAUUAGAUUAAACUGUAAUUAUAGGAGUGGUGGUGUUGAAAAAUUUAUCUAAACACUAAAUCAGGGUUAAAAUAAUGGCGUCGGGAUUGGGAAAUGGGGAUUCGAAUAAGGGGAGCAUGUGGGAGUUGGAACAAAAUCUUGAUCAGCCCAUGGAUGAAGAAGCAGGGAGAUUGAGGAAUAUGUAUAGAGAAAAGAAAUUCUCGUCGAUCUUAGUAUUGCGACUCGCAUUUCAGAGCCUCGGAGUAGUAUUUGGUGACUUGGGCACGUCGCCCUUGUACGUUUUCUACAAUGUGUUUCCUCAUGGAAUAGAAGAUACAGAGGAUGUUAUUGGAGCUCUUUCGCUAAUUAUUUAUUCUCUGACUCUUAUUCCACUUCUUAAAUAUGUUUUUGUCGUCCUGAGGGCAAACGACAACGGCCAAGGUGGUACAUUAGCUCUUUACUCCCUACUUUGUCGGCAUGCGAAGAUAAAUACUAUUCCUAACCAACAUAGGACAGAUGAAGAACUAACAACGUACAGUCGUCAGACAUAUGAUGAAAGUUCACUUGCGGCAAAGAUUAAGCGUUGGAUAGAGGCGCAUGCAUAUAAAAAGAAUGCACUUCUUAUUCUCGUUCUUAUUGGUACUUGUAUGGCGAUAGGUGAUGGGAUCCUCACUCCUGCUAUUUCAGUUCUUUCCGCAUCAGGUGGAAUAAAGGUCGAAAAUCCUAAAAUGAGCAAUGAUGUUGUUAUCCUUGUCGCAGUUGUCAUAUUAGUUGGUAUUUUUAGCAUGCAACACUAUGGUACCGAUAAAGUAGGAUGGCUUUUUGCCCCAGUUGUCCUCCUCUGGUUCUUAUUAAUUGGAACUGUCGGAGCUGUGAACAUAUGGAAAUAUGAUAGUUCGGUUCUCAAAGCAUACGAUCCAGUUCAUAUAUACCGGUAUUUUAGGCGAGGGAAACAGAACAGUUGGAUCUCUCUUGGGGGAAUUUUGCUUAGUAUCACAGGGACGGAAGCAUUAUUUGCAGACCUAUGUCAUUUUCCUGUGCCGGCAAUUCAGAUUGCUUUUGCUCUAAUUGUGUUCCCAUGCCUCCUUUUAGCAUACACCGGCCAAGCUUCUUAUAUCAUGUGUAAUAAAGACCAUGUGUUCGAUGCUUUUUAUCGUUCUAUUCCAGAUGUUAUAUAUUGGCCCGCCUUUGUUAUCGCAACAGCUGCUGCAGUAGUUGCCAGUCAAGCCACAAUAUCUGCGACAUAUUCGAUAGUGAAGCAAGCACUUGCACUCGGCUGUUUCCCUCGAGUCAGGGUGGUGCAUACCUCGAAAAAAUUUCUCGGUCAAAUAUAUAUCCCCGAUAUCAAUUGGGUGCUCAUGAUUCUCUGCAUAGCUGUUACCGCAGGGUUCAAAAAUCAAAGUCAGAUUGCAAAUGCAUAUGGGACUGCAGUUGUGAUAGUUAUGCUAGUAACAACACUUCUCAUGAUCCCUAUAAUGCUACUAGUAUGGCGGAGCCACUGGUCUCUUGUAUGCAUAUUUACGGGACUGUCCCUGCUCGUGGAGCUCCCUUACUUCUCCGCGGUCAUAUUGAAGAUUGACCAGGGUGGGUGGGUUCCGCUCGUCAUUGCCGCCACCUUCCUCCUUAUCAUGUAUGUGUGGCACUACGGCACAGUGAAGCGCUACGAAUUUGAGAUGCAUAGCAAAGUCUCAAUGGGGUGGAUUCUGGGCCUAGGCCCGAGCCUGGGUCUCGUCCGGGUCCCGGGAAUAGGUUUUGUGUACACAGAGCUGGCGAGCGGCGUCCCUCACAUCUUCUCUCACUUUGUAACCAACCUCCCUGCCAUUCACUCUGUGGUGGUCUUUGUUUGUGUGAAGUAUUUGCCGGUCUAUACUGUUCCGGACGACGAACGAGUCCUUGUAAAGCGGAUUGGACCAAAGAACUUCCACAUGUUCCGAUGCGUUGCAAGGUACGGAUACAAGGAUCUCCACAAGAAAGAUGACGACUUCGAGAAGAUGCUCUUCGAUAGCCUCUGCCUGUUCGUUCGGCUCGAGAGUAUGAUGGAGGGGUACUCCGACUCUGAUGAAUAUAGCAUUUGUGGGCAGAAGACGGAGGUCAAGUCGAUCGACUUGCUCGUUAACGAUAACGGCUAUACCAACACUUUCUCUUCGAAUGUUGAUCUAAGUUACUCGUCCCAUGAUUCAAUCGUCCCGGCUCAAUCAUCACCACUUAGGGGGAGCAGUUUGGUGAGGUCGUCGGGCCAGACGAGCCAGACGGUAGGGGGCGAAUUGGAGUUCCUGAAUCGGUGUAAGGAUGCUGGGGUGGUACACAUUCUCGGGAAUACGAUCAUCAGGGCACGAAGGGACUCUGGGAUUGUGAAAAGGAUCGCGAUCGAUUACUUGUAUGCUUUUCUGCGGAGGAUUUGCCGCGAAAACAGUGUUAUCUUUUAUGUUCCUCAUGAGAGCCUGCUGAAUGUGGGGCAGAUAUUCUCUGUGUAGUUCCAAGUGGUAGAGUGAGCUGAGCACUCUUUAGUUUUUCGGGGUUUCAGGAGGCGAUACUUGCGAGACUUACUGUUGGUCGUGGAAAGAUGACGGCGAUGCCGCGAGAGGUAUCCUCUCGCGUGUCAUGAAGUGCUCUUCUUGUGCUGUUGAUUCCGAUCCAUGGGAACAAACCACUGGUUUGAGAAGUCGAAACUAAGCCGAUAUCGAGUAUUCUCGUAGAGUCGGCAAUCUGAUAGUUGGACUUCUUGCUUGCUAUAAUUUCAUAUAUGGUUGUAGACAGAGAAGUAAUAAUGUAUAUUUUGUUGCAUUAGGUCCUUGGAGGGAUUCAAAUAUUUGUAUCUUCUUUUUAUGAGGGAAUAUAAGAGC